AUGUUCUAUUGCUUACUGUUUCCUUUCUUUCUCUACGACUGUCUUCUCUUCGCCCCACCCCCUGUCUUAUUUUGUACCUCCUCUCUCUCAACCUUUUGUUCUCUGUUUUCUUCUUUCUUUCACUCUCUUUCUACUCUGACUGUUUUUAGUUCGUCUCUCUUUUCUUUCGUUUCUCCACUCUGCACCGACCUUUUCUCUUCUAUCUUCUUUAAUGAAACUAGAUUCUUUCUUUUGACUUCUCCUUUACUUUCUCAGUCUUUCUUUCUUUCUUUCUUUCUUUCUUUCUCUGUAUUUUCUUUCUUUCUUUCUUUAGAGUAUAUCUCUUUCUUUCUUUCUUUUUUUUCUUUCAAUCUAAUUUUUCUUCUUUUUCUCCCCUCUUCUCCCUUUUCACUUUUUCCUAUUUCUUUUUCUUUGUGUCAAUUUCUUCUUUCUUUCUUUCCUUUGUGCCUAUUUCUUCUUUCUUUCCUUCCUUUGUGCCUAUUUCUUCUUUCUUUCCUUCCUUUGUGUCCAUUUCUUCUUUCUUUCUUUCCUUUGUGCCUAUUUCUUCUUUCUUUCUUUUCCUUUCCUUUCUUUUACAUUUCUCUGUUUUUCCUUUUCUUUUUUUCUUUCGCUUUUCACUCACUUUCAUUUACCUUCCUCGUCUCACUUCAAUUCGUUUUCUCUUCCCUCUAUCGGUAA